AUGAAUCUUAAUAAUGUCGACAUUACCUUACCUAAUUACGAUUCUUCAGAAGAAUCCUCCUAUGAAAAUGAAAAGCAUAUUGAUAAUUCCAAAGGAAAACGAUUAAAAACCGAAAGCUUGAAUCAGUUCAUAAAUACCUCGAUGAGCUCAAUGAUGAACUCGAAGCUUCCAA